AUGGAUGAUUACUUAUCUACUGGUCAUGUCAAUAACGAUUUGUCAAUAUUUAAAAAUCGAAAAAAUGUCCGUCCUUUACAAAUUGAUCGCAAUCUCUACCUAAAAGGUUAUGGAAGGCAUUGGGGCGAAAAACUAACCUAUUCGGUGGGUCUAGCUUAUGGUUCAGGCUUGCUUCUUGGCGGUUCAUAUGGGUUUUUUAAAGGCGUAAUCAAAGGAGGGGCUACUAGGAGGUUAUAUAUCAACUCAAUACUCAACUUUUGCACUACUUUUGGGCCAAAAUUGGGGAAUUCUGCUGCUUGCAUAACAUUUUUGUAUUGCGGAUUUAACCAUAUUGUUAAGUUUGCAAGGAAUGAUGUGGAUGAUGCCCUAAAUCCAAUUCUAGCUGGCGGAUUAUCCGGCGCUAUGUACAAGGUGGCUAAGCCUUGGAAGACAUGUCUCAAAUUUACAGUUUUAAAUGCAGCUUCCUUUUCUGCAAUAGAUUAUGCACUAAAAGAGUGGGUAUUCUAA